AUGAACAGUGACGGCUCCUUUUCAAAGAUCCCCAGGGAAGAUAGUCAGAACUCACCAGAGAAAUACCAGGCCUUCGAGGAUAUUUCCAAAUAUUUCUCCAAGGAUGAGUGGGAAAAGCUGAGCUAUUCGCAGAAAAUCUCCUAUGUAUACAUGAAAAGAAACUACACCACCAUGUCUAGCCUAGGUUUCAGUGCCACCCUUCCACCUUUCAUGGAACCCAAAGAGAUGGCGGAGGAAUCCCUGGGUACUGAUUCUGAUGAAGGCUGCAGCCAUGAUAACAUGGAGAAACAUUCUGGCAAGCAACUGACAAAACGUCCAAAGAUGGACAAGCAGUCAGCAAAGAAAAGCAGUAUUCAAAAAGGACGAUCCAGAGCAGUAGACUCCACACUAGUGGCUGUGAAAAACAUGUGCACCCCAGAAAAAGAAAGUGCCUCUGGCAAGUGCAGCGAGAAGACUUCAGGAUCAUGGAGGAAGAAGAAAAAUAUCUGGACCCACAGGCUGCGGGAAAGGAAGAAUCUUGUGGUAUAUGAAGAGAUUAGUGACCCUGAAGAAGAAGAUGAUGAAGAUGGAAAAGAAGAGUGCAAUGGGGAAGAAUCUGAUGAGGAAGAAAAAGAAAAGUGCAAUGGGAAAGAAAAGGAAGAAUCUGAUGAUGAAGGAAAAUAUAAUGGAGGAGAGGCAGAAAAAACCAGUGAAGACCACAGUGGAGAAGAAUACAAUGAGGAAGAAGACUACAAUGAGGAAGAUGAAUAUAAUGGAGAAGAAUCCGAUGAAGACUACUUCAUCGGAGAAUAUGAAGACAAUGAUAAUUUUAAUGGUCUGAAUGUAACAUCAUCUUCCCAAGGCAAAAUGGAGGAGGAGAUGCUGUUCAUGUACAACCAGCAGGACCUGCUCAGCCUCUGUGUGCGCCUGGCCGUGCUGCUCGCAGUGACUCUGAUUGUGCCAAUCGUGCUGUUCCCAGGUGUGCUACACAACACCUCAGAGUGUGGGAUCCAGUUCCCAGAGAGCUGCCGCAAGGGCAAAGGAUGA